CUGCGUAUACUUCACUCGGAACGAGGGAGUUCUGCGUCUUGAAGCUCCUUAGUACUGACGAGGAGCUCUGAUGGAGACGAAGAAGAGCACAUGCGAGGACCGUCUGAGAUUACUAUAUCCAGCCGUCGAUGAGUCCGAAACUCCGCUGCCACGCGCUUGGAGUCAAAAAGACAAAUUCCUAUUCAUCGGCUUGUCACAGAACAAUCUCCGCGUUCAUUAUAAAGGCACGGGGAAGAACACCAAUAAAGACGCUGCCAGUGUCAGAGCCACGCACCCGAUACCCGCCGCGUGUGGCGUUUAUUAUUUCGAAGUGAAAAUCGUUUCAAAGGGCCGAGAUGGAUACAUGGGUGUCGGGCUUUCCGCACAAGGAGUAGACAUGAAUAGACUGCCAGGGUGGGAUAAGCAAUCAUUCGGUUACCACGGGGACGAUGGACAUUCCUUCAGCUCGUCAGGCACGGGUCAACCCUACGGGCCCACAUUCACCACCGGAGACGUUAUCGGCUGUGGAGUCAAUCUGUUGGAUAACAGCUGUUUUUAUACAAAGAAUGGUCAGAACCUUGGAAUCGCCUUCCCGAACUUGCCGCCCAAUCUGUACCCCACAGUCGGAUUACAGACUCCGGGAGAGGUUGUAGACGCCAAUUUCGGUCAACAGCCUUUCAUGUUCGACAUCGAAUCGAUGAUUGAGGAUCUGAGAAGCCGAACAAAGAGAACCAUCGAACAUUUCCCCGUUGACGACGCACAGGGCGAGUUCCAGUCAACCUUGCAUAAGAUUACGCUCACCUAUUUAUUGCAUCAUGGGUACUCGGAGACGGCGAACGCUUUCGCGAAGUCUACCGACCAAUCUUUCACAGAAUCUCUGGGCUCAGUCCAUAAUCGACAGCGAAUUCAACGAUCUGUGCUCUCGGGCCGGAUCGAAGAAGCCAUCGAACUCACCCGUGAAUUCUAUCCGGGUUUUCUCGAAAGGAAUAGGGAACUGCUCUUCGAGCUGAAAUGCCGUCAAUUCGUCGAGAUGAUCGUUCAAUUAACGCCCGUCCGGAAUAGCGUCAAAGGAUCUCAGUCCAACGAGAAUGACACGGAGUGUAUGGAAGUCGAAGAGAGUCGAGAAGGAGGACUAAUGACGAAUAGUGAUAUCAACUUGCAAAGAAUCGUCGAUUUCGGAACCGAAUUGUGCGAGUUCGAGAAGACUCUAAAAGAUCCCGACGGCAAACUUAAACGGAUCCGAUUCGAGGCGUGCGCUCUUCUCGCCUACCCUGAUCCGAGUCAGAGCCCGAUGUCUUAUCUUUUAUCCCCAUCCGAGCGUGAGCCUGUCUGUGCGGCAUUGAAUAGCGCCGUCCUGGAAUCCCUGGGCCAGCCCUUGAGGCCGCCUCUGGAAGUCGCGCUGGCCCACUGUAAGCAGCUCGUGAAACUGAUGGCUAAGCACGGCUUGGGAGCCUCUGCCUUCGCGGACUUGGAUUCGAUCCUGAACUAGCGAUACUAUUGCAAUCAUAUUAUAUGACCAGCUCAAAUGGAAUACGCCGAGCUUCUGGGCUCAGCUGUCUGUAUCUGGGGCUGCCAUGAUAGUCGGCGUAGGAUUCGGGAUCCACCAAGGGCAGCACGCUUCGAGGCCAUUCUGAUGCCUCUGAAUGUCCUCAAGGACGGAAGCUCAAUCAGUUUCCGGGGAGAGAAUGAAUUUAGAUCACUCGAUGCGAAGUCGACGGCCCCAAUGACGGGCAUAAUAAUAAAAUAAUUGAACCGGAGUAUCUGUUUGGUGCUCCACGAAAUAUU